ACAUAGGUAUAAAUAGUUUUUAAGAACAGAAUGGGAUCAUGUGUACAUAGUGCUUUGUAAUGGAGCUUUCUUCCCUUGAUUGUGGUGAGCUUUUAUUUGUCGUCUGUGAUUUGGAGCAAGUCGAGCCGCCACGCUUCCUGUGUUGGGCUUGUUCUCUUGGUGGACGGAGGCUGGGAGGAGGUUGGGGCUCAUGCUUUGGUCCAGCCAUCUUCUAGGGAGCAUUCUGGUGUGUUCGUCCCUCUCUCCCGGCCCCUUUCUGGGUGGGCUCGAGGGCACCCUUGCAGGGCCUGGUGGGACUGACUCUGUCCUCUUGUUUCUCAGAGCCAGCAGUCCUCCUCCUGUCCCCCGGCCCUGCCCACCCCGGCCCCAUGCCCCCGCCAGCCAGCCCCGGGUCCCAGGCAGCGAGCAAACACGGGGGAUCAGAGGCGCUGUGAGCAGGCAGAGACGCGGGAAGGAGGUUCUGUGAGCAGGCGGAGGAGACCACCUCCCCCCCAUGGAGCUGAGGCCCUGGUUGCUCUGGGUGGCAGCAGCAGCCUUGGUCCUGCUGGUGGCUGACGCCCGUGGCCACAAGGUCUUCACCAACACGUGGGCUGUGCACAUCCCCGGGGGCCCGGCGGUGGCCGACAGCUUGGCACGAAAGCAUGGGUUUCACAACCUGGGCCAGAUCUUCGGCGACUAUUACCACUUCUGGCAUCGAGCGGUGACGAAGCGCUCCCUGUCCCCCCACCACCUGUGGCACAGCCGGCUGAAGAGGGAGCCUCAGGUACACUGGCUGGAGCAGCAGGUGGCGAAGAGAAGGACCAAACGGGAUGUAUACCAGGAGCCGACGGACCCCAAGUUCCCCCAGCAGUGGUACCUGUCCGGUGUCACUCAGCGGGACCUGAACGUGAGGGAGGCCUGGGCGCAGGGCUUCACGGGACAUGGCGUCGUCGUCUCCAUCCUGGACGAUGGCAUCGAGAAGAACCACCCAGACCUGGCGGGCAAUUACGAUCCGGGAGCCAGCUUUGACGUCAAUGACCAGGACCCUGACCCCCAGCCCCGCUACACACAGAUGAAUGACAACAGGCAUGGGACGCGCUGUGCUGGUGAGGUGGCUGCUGUGGCCAACAACGGAGUCUGUGGUGUGGGCGUGGCCUACAACGCCCGCAUUGGAGGGGUACGCAUGCUGGACGGCGAGGUGACGGACGCGGUGGAGGCCCGCUCGCUGGGCCUGAACCCCGGCCACAUCCACAUCUACAGCGCUAGCUGGGGACCCGAGGACGACGGCAAGACAGUGGACGGGCCGGCCCGCCUGGCCGAGGAGGCCUUCCUCCGGGGGGUCAGCCAGGGCCGCGGGGGGCUGGGCUCCAUCUUUGUCUGGGCCUCGGGGAAUGGGGGCCGUGAGCAUGACAGCUGCAACUGUGACGGCUACACCAACAGCAUCUACACGCUGUCCAUCAGCAGCGCCACGCAGCUCGGCAACGUGCCCUGGUACAGCGAGGCCUGCUCAUCCACGCUGGCCACCACCUACAGCAGCGGCAACCAGAACGAGAAGCAGAUCGUGACCACCGACCUGCGGCAGAAGUGCACCGAGUCUCACACAGGCACCUCGGCCUCGGCCCCCUUGGCAGCUGGGAUCAUCGCUCUCACCCUGGAGGCCAACAAGAACCUCACCUGGCGGGACAUGCAGCACUUGGUGGUGCGGACCUCGAAGCCAGCUCACCUCAAUGCCAACGACUGGGCCACCAACGGCGUGGGCCGCCAAGUGAGCCACUCGUACGGCUAUGGGUUGCUGGACGCUGGUGCCAUGGUGGCCCUGGCCCAGAACUGGACAACGGUACCCCCCCAGCGGAAGUGCGUUAUCGACAUCCUCACGGAGCCCAAGGACAUCGGCAAACGGCUGGAGGUGCGCAAGAGCGUGAGCGCGUGCCUGGGCGAGCCCAGCCACGUCACCCGGCUGGAACACGCGCAGGCUCGGCUCACCCUGUCCUACAACCGCCGCGGGGACCUGGCCAUCCACCUCGUCAGCCCCAUGGGCACCCGCUCCACCCUGCUGGCCGCCAGGCCGCACGACUACUCUGCGGACGGCUUCAAUGACUGGGCGUUCAUGACGACCCACUCCUGGGAUGAGGACCCCUCCGGCGAGUGGGUCCUGGAGAUCGAGAACACCAGCGACGCAAGCAACUACGGGACGCUGACCAAGUUCACGCUCGUGCUGUACGGUACCGCCCCCGAGGGGCUCCCCGCAGCCCCGGAGAGCAGCGGCUGCAAGACGCUCACGUCCAGCCAGGCCUGCGUGGUGUGUGAGGAAGGCUUCUCGCUGCACCAGAAGAGCUGUGUCCAGCUCUGUCCCGCCGGCUUCACGUCCCAAGUCCUCGACACGCACUACAGCACCGAGAACGACGUGGAGACCAUGCGGGCCAGCGUCUGCGUCCCCUGCCACGCCUCGUGUGCCACCUGCCAGGGCCCCGCGCCCACGGACUGCCUCAGCUGCCCACGCCACGCCAGCCUGGACCCCGUGGAGCGGACGUGCUCUCGGCAGAGCCAGAGCAGCCGCGAGUCCCGGCCGCAGCCUCCCGGGCGGCUGGCGGAGGCCGAGCCCGAGCCACGGCUGCAGGCCGGGCUGCUGCCCUCCCACCUGCCCGAGGUGGUGGCCGGCCUGAGCUGCGCCUUCAUCGUGCUGGUCUUCGUCACGGUCUUCCUCGUCCUGCAGCUGCGCUCUGGCUUCAGCUUCCGGGGGGUGAAGGUGUACACCAUGGACCGCGGCCUCAUCUCCUACAAGGGGCUGCCGCCCGACGCCUGGCAGGAGGAGGGUCCCUCCGACUCGGAGGAGGACGAGGGCCGGGGCGAGAGGACCGCCUUCAUCAGAGACCAGAGCGCCCUGUGACGCCCUGUGACGCGCCCCGCGCUCCCCGCCUCGGGCACUUUUUAACUCACCAAAGUAUUUUUCUAUCUUGGGACUGGGUUCGGACGUGGCUGGGGGAGCUGAGACUGCUUCCCACCCCAGCCCCGGGCCCACCCGGAGCCUGAGCCAGCAGGGGGCAGGGAGCUCGCCCCCCCCCCCCC